CGCCUGGUGGCCCUGCUCUCCUCCCCGGGGCCCGAGAGCGUGCAGAACCGGGUGGCCCGCACCCUCGCCAACCUGGCGCUGGAGCCCGAUGGUGCCCGGGACGUCCUCGACGCUGGUGCCGGUCCCCUCCUGGUGUCCCUGGCCGCCUCCUGCGGCACCCCCGAGUGCCUCCACAGCGCGGCCCGUGCCCUCCGCAUCCUGGGGGCUGCCCCGGCCCCCCGACGAGCCCUGGGACGAGCCGGCGCCAUCCGAGCUUUGGCUUCCCGCUUGGCCACCCUCUCCCCGACCCACCCCGCUUGCCUGGCCCUGGCCCGGGCUCUACGGGGUCUCACCGACAGCCCCGGCCCCUCGGCCGACGACGUGGCCCCCGCUUUACCCGCCUUGGCCGCCUUGGCCGCCCACGCCAAGCGGGACCACCGCCAGCCCGCCCUGGGGGCCAUCGCCAACGCCUGCGCCCGAGCCCCUCUCCGACCCGCCCUGGGGGCUGCCGGGGCGGUGGAAGCGCCGAGCCCCGCGCCCGGCCGUGGCGGCCACGCGUCCUCCUGGCUUUGGCUGCUUUUGCCUACGACCAGGAGGCCUUGGCCGCCCUGGAGGCUCGCGGCCUCGUGCCGGUCCCCUCCUGGUGUCCCUGGCCGCCUCCUGCGGCACCCCCGAGUGCCUCCACAGCGCGGCCCGUGCCCUCCGCAUCCUGGGGGCUGCCCCGGCCCCCCGACGAGCCCUGGGACGAGCCGGCGCCAUCCGAGCUUUGGCUUCCCGCUUGGCCACCCUCUCCCCGACCCACCCCGCUUGCCUGGCCCUGGCCCGGGCUCUACGGGGUCUCACCGACAGCCCCGGCCCCUCGGCCGACGACGUGGCCCCCGCUUUACCCGCCUUGGCCGCCUUGGCCGCCCACGCCAAGCGGGACCACCGCCAGCCCGCCCUGGGGGCCAUCGCCAACGCCUGCGCCCGAGCCCCUCUCCGACCCGCCCUGGGGGCUGCCGGGGCGGUGGAAGCGGUGGCCGAGGAGGUGAAGAGAGCCUUGGCCUCCCCCAACAACACCAACGGCGUGGCCGGCGCCACCGUGGCCGUGCGGGCCCUCUGCCUGCUGUGCCGGGAAGCCGUGAACCGGGCCAGGGUGCGGGCGGCCGGUGGCCUGGGGCUACUCCUGCGCCUCCUGGCCGAGCCCCGCGCCCGGCCGUGGCGGCCACGCGUCCUCCUGGCUUUGGCUGCUUUUGCCUACGACCAGGAGGCCUUGGCCGCCCUGGAGGCUCGCGGCCUCGUCCCGCUCCUCGCCGACGUCCUGCGGGCCCGGGCUGACGAGGAGGAGGAGGAAGAGGAGGAGGAGGACGAGGAGGAAGAAGAGGAGGAGGAGGAUGAAGCCGCUGCUUCUUGCGAUCUCCCCCGGGAGCUGCCCGGGCCGCCCGGUCCCGGGGCGGCCACUGGAAGCCUGAGGGGACUCAAGUCCUGGCUCCUCUCCGAAGCUGUCUCCCCACCGCCAUCGCCGCCGCCCCCCACCACCCCUCUCCACUGCCCCUCGCCCCCCCGACGCCGCCUGCCCCCCAUGGGGGCCCUGGCCCUGCCCCAGGGGGUGGGUGAGGGGCUGCUGCGCAACCUGGGGGCGGCGGCGGCAGCCCCCUUCGGCGUGGGGCUGCUGACCCACAUGCUGCGCUGCGGGGCCCCCCCGGCCCGUCUGGGCUGCGCCACCGCCCUGCCCCUGCUCACCAGGUCCUGGCUCCUCUCCGAAGCUGUCUCCCCACCGCCAUCGCCGCCGCCCCCCACCACCCCUCUCCACUGCCCCUCGCCCCCCCGACGCCGCCUGCCCCCCAUGGGGGCCCUGGCCCUGCCCCAGGGGGUGGGCGAGGGGGACCCCUGGCUCCCCGAAGCCCCCGCUCUCCUCCUUUUGGGGCGCUUGGCGGCAGCUGACGAACCCAGCCGAGCCCUGGCCACUGCCCCCGUGGUUUCGGGGCUCCUGCGUUACCUGACGGGGGUCCCUGCCCCGGCCCCUCGGGCUGCCCGGCUGCUGCAGCGCCUGACAGGGCACCCCGCUUUUUUGGGGGCGCUGGUCCGGGCUUAUGUCCCCUCCCUGCUCCGUGAGGGGCUGCUGCGCAACCUGGGGGCGGCGGCGGCAGCCCCCUUCGGCGUGGGGCUGCUGACCCACAUGCUGCGCUGCGGGGCCCCCCCGGCCCGUCUGGCCUGCGCCACCGCCCUGCCCCUGCUCACCAGGCCCACCUCACCGGCGCGGGGGCUGCUGUGGGGAGGGGGAGCGGUGGCCCUGCUGCUCUCGGCGGUGGCCCAGGGUCCCGCAUCCCCCUACGAGCCACCCCCGGCCUUCGCCCUCUACGCUGCUGAUGCCAUCUCCCUCCUCCGGGGACACGCCGGGGACACACCGGGGGACACGGGACAUGGCAAGGACACGCCUGGACAAGCCGAUGCCGAGGACCUGCAGGUGCACGGAGAUGAGGACACCAAGGACCUGUGGGGACACGGAGACACCGAGGACCUGUGGGGACAGGUGGACAGAGAUGGGGACAGCGGUGACGCCCUUGAGGAGAAUGGUGACCUGCAGAGACCUCUGGACCAACACAAGGACCUCGAGGACCCCUGGGGACACGCGGAUACCUUUAGGGACGCUGAGGACACCUGGAGACACGUGGAUGGUGACACGACCUCUCCGGUGGAUGGGCACGGUGACAUUGGGGACACACCAGGGUGCACCAAUGGACAUGGGGACCCAUGGGGACACGCGAAUGGACUUGGGGACGCUGAUGACUCGUGGGGAUCCACAGGGUCCCCGUAUCCCCUGUCCCCUGUGACCCUCUACCCCCCACCCCUGCUGUCCCCUGUGUCCCCUUGUCCCCAGGUAUCUCCAGACUCAUUUUCCCCUGGGUCCCCCUGUCCCCAAGUGUCCCCAAGGGCUGCUAAACGUUCCCGAGCGUCCUCUUGUCCCCAGCUGUCCCCAGAUCUUCCUGACCUCCAUUCCCAAGUGGCCCCAAGACCCCCCAAACGUCCCCUGUUGUCAUCUUCUCCUCCCCUGUCCUCAGACCUCCCCAACUCAUGUCCCCAGGUGUCUCUGAGGUUCUCCAACCCAUGUCCCCAACUGUCCCCAUCUCCCCAGGGGUCCCCGAGCCCUCUCGGCCCCUGUCCCCAACCGUCCCCGGUGUCCUCCAGCCCCUGUCCCCAGCCAUCUCCCUGUCCCCAAGCCUCCCCGACCUCCUCCAGCCCAUCUCCACCACCAUCUCCAGCCCCACAGGCAUCUCCAGCCACCCCAGCCGUGCACCCCCCUGUGUCCCCAACAUGUCCCUAUGCCCAGACCCCCCACGACCUCCUCCUCCUCCCCAAUGGUGGCCACCCCGGGGUGCCGGUGGCCCGGGCGGCCUUAAUCCAGGGGUCCCCUGUCUUGGGAGCCAUGUUGGGGGGAGCCUUCGCUGAGGCACACCAGGCAGCGGUGACCUUGGGCUGUGCCCCCCGCCACCCUCUCCUCCUCCUCCUCCAUUUCAUCCAUGGCUGCCGGGGUGGCUCCGGGGACGGGUGUCCCCUCCUGUCCCCCCCUGUGUCCCCGGCCACCGCUGGCGCCGCCGUUGCUUUGGCCCGCCGGUACCUGGUGGAGGGGUUCGAGGGCGUCAUGGCCACCGCCGUCACCGCCUCCCCCGCUGCCCUCUGGGCCUUGGCCGAGCGGUGGGCUUCCACCCCGUUGGCCAACCGGGCCGCCCAGGCCAUUCUGGGGGGGCCACCCCACAACGUGGCCCCCCGCUUGGUACGGGUGGCCCGCUUGGCCCGAUGUCCCCCUCGCCUGGCCCGGGCCUUGAUGGCUGCCGUGGCGCCCCAGGGGGCCCGGCCCCACCUUGAUAUGGGGGAACCCUGGGGUGGGGGCGACCCUCUGCUGCGACCCCCCGGAGACACUAAUGGGGACCUCAGGGAUGUCCAGGAGGACCUCAGGGACCUGGAGGGUGACUUUGGGGUCCCUUACGAGGACCUCAGAGACACCCAGGGAGACCUGGACAAUGUGGCAGACCCCUUUAGGGACCCCUCUGUGGACAGUGGGGAUCCCUUGGGUGAAGAUGAUGUGGACGUGGAGGUCAAGGGGCCUCUCUAAGACCUUGGGGAACCCCAGCAGGACCUUGGGGACCUCUUUGGGGAUCUUGGGGAACACUGCGUGGGUGUUGGGGACCGCUUAGAUGAAAUCUGAGGAGCACAUGGAGGUCAGGGACCUCUCUAGGACCUUGGGGACCCUCAGCAGGACCUUGGGGACCACUGCAUGGGUGUUGGGGACCCUUCGGAUAAAGACAAGGAGGACAUGGAGGGUCAGGGACCUCUCUAAGACCUUGGGGACACCCUCGGGGACCCCUCUGGAUGUUGGGGACCCCUCAGCUGAAGAUGAUGUGGACAUGGAGGUCAGAGACUUCUCUAGGACCUUGGGGGCCCUCUUAUGAGUCUUGGGGACUCCUUAGAUGAAAAUCAGGAGGACAUGGAGGUCAGGGGACCUUUCUAAGACCUUGGGGACACCCUGGAGAACACUUUUGUGGCUGUUGGGACCCCUUAGGCAGAGAUCAGGGGGACAAAGAGGUCAGGAGAGCUCUCUUGAGAUCUUGGGGACACCUUUAGGGAUGGCCACGGGGACCUUAGGGAGGACUUUGUGGACUUUAAGGACGUUGUGGACCUUCUUGGGGACCCCUCUAUGGGUGUGGGGACCCUUUGGAUGAGGACAAAAAGGACCUGGAGGUCAAGGGACCUCUGUAAGACUGUGAGAGCACCCAUUAAUUUUGGGGACGCGCUGAAGGACCAUCUAAGGGAAACCCCUUGGGUGAAGAUGAGGAGGACACAGAGAUCGAGGGACCCCUGUGGGGACAUUUGGGACCCCCUCGAGGGGUCUUCCUCUAGAUGUUAAGGCCUUUUUUGAUGAUGAAGGUGAGGCUGGGGAUGUUGGGGAGCCCCAUGAGGAUCUUGGGGGUGUCUCCUCUACGUGUUUAGGACCUAUUUGAUGAUGAAGAUAAGGCUGGGGCCAUAGGGAGCCCCCCUCCAAGGAUUUGGGGGGCCCCUGUGAGGAUCUUGGGGACCUCAUCUCUU